CUUCCGUUUCGGGGACCUGCGUGAACUAAAGAACCUUCGCGCAUGCGCAGUCUAUCACAGGAGGAAAAUGCCCUCAGAAGCCAGAAGCCGCUUUCGAGCUCCUAUUGGCCGUCGCGGCUUCGAAAGACGUCAAUGAUUCGUCGAGAAGGGAAAAGUGGGCGGGACUGAGGCUUCCAUUGGUUUACACUUCACUGGACUUUCUUGUUGGGUCAGGAAGGAGGAAGACAUUGCUUCCCUUGAGCCCCGCCAUGGCUACUGGGGAUGAUGGGCACGGCCUGAAGGAAGUGCUGGUCACUUUUAAGAAAUGCCUUACAGACAAUCAAGAGGUCCUUCUGGAUCCGUACCUAGAAGGCUGGAAAGGCCUUGUGAGGUUUCUGAACACCAUGGGCUCGAUCUUCUCCUUCAUCUCCAAAGACGUUGUGACCAAAAUCCAAAUCAUGGAGGAAUUCCGGAGCAGCGAGCGGAAGGACAGCUACGUCAGCCUCCAGUCCAUGGUGAGUUAUGAGCUCUCCAACGACCUGGUGGACUUGAAGAAGCCCGGGGACCACCCUGCGUCCGGCUGCCGGACCAUCCUGCGCCUGCACCGGGCGCUCCGCUGGCUGCAGCUCUUCUUGGAAGGCUUGCGGACCAGCGACACGGACUCCCGGACCUCGGUGCUGUGCACGGACGCCUACAACGCCUCCUUGGCGAAUUACCACCCGUGGAUCAUCCGCAAGGCCACCACCGUGGCCUUCUACACCCUGCCCACCCGGGACGCCUUCCUUGAGAACAUGAAGGUGGGCACCCACGAGGAGGCGGUGGAGAUGCUGGGAGAGGCCUUGCCCAGCAUCUGCGAGGUCUACGACGUCACGCAGGCGCUCUAUUCCCAACACAACCUCCUCGACCUCCCGUGAAGCACCGGCAACAAUCAUUCCACAUCUCCGUCGAAAUCAGAGAUCCUCUUGCUGUAAAACCAGCCUUUUCCCGUCUUAUGCUUUCGACUUCACCUCCCAUCGGCCCCUGCGGUCAGAGUCCAAAACAUCCCGAAGGCACCAGAUUGGAGAAGACUGUUCUCCUCAGAGGGCAUUUUCUUAUAAAACCAAACCUUGCACUUAAAGUUGGCUUUAGGACAGUUCUCUCCCAACCUGGCUGUUUGGAAACCUUGCCUUGAACCACCUCCCCAAGCAAACAUUUGGUCGGGAGGCCUGGGAGUUGUAGUAUUUCCAAACAUUUGGAAGUUGGAUACAGUUGCUGAAAAGGUCUCACAUACAAUCUCUGUAUCUGUUUCAAUAUCCAGAUCAUUUGGAUAAUCCAUGCGUAGCGGGCUUUUGCUGAAUAUCUAAAGAUUUCCCACCCCAUAAAUAAUCAGAACUUUGAUAUAUGUGUAAUUCCAUGCCAAGGGGUCUUAAAUCUACCAAAUUCCAAAAAGAGUCUACCUUAAUAUGCUUGUGAAUGGUAUCAUCUGAAAAAGGAAAUUCUGCUCUACAAGACUGAUACGUUUUUGUUUUGCAAUGCGACCAUUAAUAAUAAUAAUAAUAAUAAUAAUAAUUAAUAAUUAAUACAGUAGAGUCUCACUUACCCAAGCUAAACAGGCCAGCAGAAGCUUGGAUAAGCGAAUAUCAUGGAUAUUAAGGAGAGAUUAAGGAAAAGCCUAUUAAACAUCAAAUUAGCUUAUGAUUUUACAAAUUAAGCACCAAAACAUCAUGUUAUACAACAAAUUGGACAGAAAAAGUAGUUCAAUACGCAGUAAUGCUAUGUAGUAAUUACUGUAUUUAUGAAUUUAGCACCAAAAUAUCACGAUAUAUUGAAAACAUUGAUUACAAAAAUGCGUUGGAUAAUCCAGGACGUUGGAUAAGCGAUUGUUGGAUAAGUGAGAUUCUACUGUAAUCAGAACUUUGAUAUAUGGGUCAUUCCAUGCCAAGGGGUCUAAAAUCUACCAAAUUCCAAAAAGAGUCUACCUGAAUAUGCUUGUGAAUUGUAUCAUCUGAAAGAGGAAAUUCUGCUCUACAAGACUGAUAGGUUUUUGUUUUGCAAUGCGACCAUUAAUAACAAUAUUUAUUAUUAUUUAUUUAUUUACUACAUUUAUAUGCCACUCUCCUCACCCCGAAGGGGACUCAGAGCGGCUUACAAAUCAAAUGUACAUACAAUAUAUUAUUAGCAUAGCACAAUAUAAGCAAUUAAAUUACUAUAUUGUACUAUAUAAUUUUAUGGUAAUAUUAUUAGUAAUAUUACAUUUAAUAUAUAAUUAAUAUUAUAUUAUAUUGCUAGCUGUCCCCGGCCACGCGUUGCUGUGGCGAAGUAUGGUGGUAUGGGAAAUAAAGUACAGUAGAGUCUCACUUAUCCAACAUAAACGGGCCGGCAGAACGUUGGAUAAGCGAAUAUGUUGGAUAAUAAGGAGAGAUUAAGGAAAAGCCUAUUAAACAUCAAAUUAGGUUAUGAUUUUACAAAUUAAGCACCAAACAUCAUGUUAUACAACAAAUUUGAUAGAAAAAGUAGUUCAAUACACAGUAAUGCUAUGUAGUAAUUAUUGUAUUUACGAAUUUAGCACUAAAAUAUCACGAUAUAUUGAAAACAUUGACUACAAAAAUGCGUUGGAUAAUCCAGAAUGUUGGAUAAAUGAGACUACUGUAUUGAGGAAUUGGUGGUAGUUAAGGUAAAGGGUCCCCUGGGCUGAAUGGGUUGCUAGGAGAUCAAGUGAACAGAGCUUAGCCUUCUAACUGGCAGCAAUUGGAUAAAAACAAUUAUUCCUCUCCCUCUAAUUAGGACUUUAUUUUUCUUUUCUUUUUGUUGUAUCAACCUAGAGGCAUGGAUGAGGGGUUGUGCUGUCAAUUUUUGAGGUUGUGGGGUGUUUACUUUUAUUGUUUUGUCCACUGCUGUGAUGCCAUUACUCUUUUAUAUAUAUAUAGAUUAAUUAGUAUAAUAUUGUAAUACAUUAUAAUAUUAUUAUCAAUAUUAUAAGUACAUACAAUAUAUACAAUAUAAUAAUAAUAAUAAUAAUAAUAAUAAUACAGUAGAGCCUCACUUAUCCAAGCUAAAUGGGCCAGCAGAACCUUGAAUAAGCGAAUAUCUUGGAUAUUAAGGAGGGAUUAAGGAAAAGCCUAUUAACCCCCUUCCCUAGCCCCGCCCUUUAGUCUCAAAAGGCCUCUCAGGAGAGGUAUAGAGGCUCAGCCCUGUCUCAGGCUCUUAGAAGGAGCCCCGCCCCCUUCCCUAGCCCCGCCCUUUAGUCCCAAAAGUCCUCUCAGGAGAAGUAUAGAGGCUCAGCCCUGUCUCAGGCUCUUAGAAGGAGCCCCGCCCCCUUCCGUAGCCCCGCCCUUUAGUCCCAAAAGGCCUCUCAGGAGAGGUAUAGAGGCUCAGCCCUGUCUCAGGCUCUUAGAAGGAGCCCCGCCCCCUUCCCUAGCCCCGCCCUUUAGUCUCAAAAGGCCUCUCAGGAGAGGUAUAGAGGCUCAGCCCUGUCUCAGGCUCUUAGAAGGAGCCCCGCCCCCUUCCCUAGCCCCGCCCUUUAGUCCCAAAAGUCCUCUCAGGAGAAGUAUAGAGGCUCAGCCCUGUCUCAGGCUCUUAGAAGGAGCCCCGCCCCCUUCCGUAGCCCCGCCCUUUAGUCCCAAAAGGCCUCUCAGGAGAGGUAUAGAGGCUCAGCCCUGUCUCAGGCUCUUAGAAGGAGGCCCCGCCCCCUUCCCUAGCUCCGCCCUCCGUGUCCCAACAAGGACCUCAGGAGAGGUAGAUUCCCAGCCCUAUCUCCGGCACUUGGGAAGAGGCCCCGCCCCUCUCCUGGCCCCGCCCCCGUGUCCUAAUAGGUGCCAUCACUUUGGGAAUCACUGCCUUAAAGGGAAAGGCAGAGUCACAUCAUGGAACGUUGUAUGUUGUCAUGACUCUGUGACCCCAAAUUAGCAGCAUAAUCCACAUCGAUAGCAUGGGGCACAAUGUCCUUAUCAUCCUUGGAGUGCUGGAUGCUCGAACAAUCGUUUCUGAAUGUCUCUUGUGUUGUUAGUCAUGUUGGCAGGGGGAUUCUGGGAGUUGCAAUCCAAACUCAGGGCAGCUGUUAACUAAUUAAUCACUGGAAUUGCAAAGAAAGACGAAUGAACAUUUGAGAAGGAAAUAUUGACUAACUGUCCAAGUCUUUGAAAAUAUUCUUUCCAUUGCACAAGAUUUUUAGAAUCAUGACAAUCGUGUGUCUUGCUUUUGUGGAGUGUCACUUUUGUCAUAAUCCACCAGUUUUGGGACACAAAUCAAAACAAUCUGUUGCAUUUUUGUGUGUUGUCUUUCACAAUUCAUCUUCAAUCGCCGAUGGGAGGGAGGUGGCGGGUGGUGCCGAAGCAGGCUGCCAAAAAAAGCAUUUGCACAAUUAUAUUAUGGGUUGGACGCAUGCACUGUGAUUUGUGUACAUUUUCUCUCCCACAAUGUUUGGAUUGAAAUAAAUGUUUUCAGUCACGCA